AUUUAAUUAAAAAUGUUAGGACGUUCAAUUAAGUCAGUUCAAAAGCUCCAAUCAAUUAGAGCUUUCACCAAUGCUACCAACUCAUACACUCUUCCAGAUCUCUCAUAUGACUAUGGUGCUCUCGCACCAGUAAUUUCACCAGAAAUUAUGACCCUUCAUCACAAAAAACAUCAUCAAACCUAUGUUAAUAAUCUUAACAUUGCUUUAGAUAAAUAUGCUAAAGCUGAAGCUGCUAAAGAUGUUGCCCAAAUGAUUGCUCUCCAAAGUGCUAUUAAAUUCAAUGGUGGUGGUCAUGUUAACCAUUCAAUCUUUUGGACCAAUUUAGCACCAAAAAACCAAGAUGGUGGUGUUGCUCCAAGUGGUCCAUUAAUCAAUGCUAUCAAUAAACAAUUUGGUUCAAUUGAUAAUUUAAUUAAAAAAAUGACUGAUCAAACCGUUGCUAUUCAAGGUUCAGGUUGGGGUUGGUUAGGUUAUGAUAAAGCUGAAGAUCGUUUAGUCAUUCAAACCCAACAAAAUCAAGAUCCACUCUCAGUCUCUGGUUUUACUCCAUUAUUAGGUAUUGAUGUUUGGGAACAUGCCUAUUAUCUUGACUACAAAAAUGUUAGAGCUGAUUAUGUAAAGAAUAUUUGGCAAAUCGUCAACUGGAAGAAUGUCGCCCAAAGAUAUGAAGCAGCCAAAAACUAAAUAUCGGUCGAUAACAACCAAAAUAAAUAAUAUUAAACUUAAAUAAACUCACACUUAUAUAAUAAAAGAAUAAUCAAAAACUUGAGAUAUCUUAUCUUUAGUUUAUAUUCUAUAUAG